GUUUCAUGCGAGACGUUUUUCGAUUUACAUAAUAGUAAAAGAAUAAGAAAUAUCGAAAAGAUGAAAAAACAAAUUGGCCUUGUCAGUCGCGGGUAAAAUCAGUGCGACUCACAAUAUCGAAAAAAGUCUCGCGUUAAGUAUUUAGUGUAAAAGAGAAUAUAUAAUGUUAGGUCUGUUUAAGUACUAAACAAACAACAAAUUUCAGCCCACAGUAAAAGCAGAAUAUCUACUCAAACAGAAAAUCUACCUCCAAAAGACAGCGGGUAAUAAUAAAUAUCCUGAGAAAAAUUGUUUCAUGUGUAGACGGGGUGUAAUGCAAAAAAACCGCGUUUUAUUUGAUCACAUUGAAAGCGUUGCUUUGCGUUGCAUUUAUGUUCGCUAUAUCAGUGUUACCUCUGUUAAGAAAAAAGUGUUAAAAUCAAACAGAAACUUAACAUUCGUGGAAAUAAUGAAUUAUUGAAUCCAAGUAAUUGUUUAAGUGACAAAAUGUUGCUAAGUAAACGGUAUUUAAAAAAAAAAAAAACAAUUCAUUUCGAUAAAACAUGUUCGUAAGUAUAAUGUUUGUUCGAAGUCCACUUUAAAUUAUAGAUAUAACUACAUUGGCCACUUUUUGCAAAAAGUGCAAAAGUAAAAAUAUUUUUCUCUUACUAGCUCCACCCACCGUUUUUUCGCGUGCAAAAAGUGCAUAAAUUGCUUUAAAACUUAAAAUGAAAGGUUUUCAACACAUUUUUUAAGUUUUAAUAAGUUUCAUUAAAAUAAAUAUACAUAUAUUAAUUCCAAAGGUAUAUUUUAAGAAAAGUUUCAUUACAUUUUAAAAAUUUCUACACGGCAACACUUUUUUUCAAACUCAUCGGUCAUCGCAUCAAUUCUAUCGCACAUGCGCAGUAAGUGUGUGUGUCGAACGAAAACGGUAAAAUUGUUGCGUUGAGUUUUCAGUCUGGCUGGUUCUUGGAUAAAGUAAGGAAGCAAAAGCAAGUUAGUUCGUGUUGGAUACAUUUUGAUAUAAAGGUGGUGAGUACCUAUUUUAUUAUUUAAAGUUUGCAUAGUUAUUAUUUGUGUUUUUAUGAUCAAUAUAAGCAUAAUUACUGUCUAAAAACAUAAUUUUCUUAUGAUUACAGCCAAAGAUCAAUUUUAAAUCGAAGUCCACAUUAAAUUAAAUAUAUAUUAAUUCCAAAGGCUGGCUCUGGGAUAAAUUAAGGAAGCAAAAGCAAAUAACUUUGUAUUGGAUACAUUUUGAUUGUUGAGAAAAUGAUUCUUUUCAUUACUGCUGUAUAUAAAGGGUUAUCAUCAAUAAUAAAAGUCCAAGGACAAUCUAGUUUAUUAACAUACUUAGAGUUGGCCAAAGCUGUCAAAGAUCAAUUUAAAAUCAUCGGAAAUAUUAAAUUUUACGAUGCAAAAGCUAACGUUUUUAUUUGUGAUGAGGACGUAGUUGAGUAUGCAAUCCAGUUUAAAUCUUCUCCAGGCUGGACCUUAGGAGUGCUAGACGAUGGCGUUCUUGAAAUUCCAGGUUCCCAAGGAAGUUCCCUAUCAAUACGUGACAGUGAUACUACUGUAGCAAAUUCAUCUUCUAUAAGUGACAUUAGUGUAACACCAUCGCCACCACCGAAACAUCCUUCAGAAAUAAUACUUCAAGAAUAAGUGACGUGCAAGAAUACGUUAUAACUAAAAUCAAUGCUCAGGUUCCCAAGGAAGUUCCCUAUUAAUACGUGACAGUGAUACGAGUGCAGAAAAUUAAAGACUCUUAAGGAACCCGGCAUCGAGAAUAUACAAAUAAUUCCUAAAAAUAUAACAUCCUCCAGUAACAAUACAACUCCUCAAGAAGAAACAUCCUUCAGAAAUAAUACUUCAAGAAUAAGUGACGUGCAAGAAUACGUUAUAACUAAAAUCAAUGCUCAGGUAAAAACAUUGAAAUAACUAACUGAAUUUUUCAUUUUACAAAAUA